AAUUAAUUCUCCUUUUUUCACAGCAAAUUUAUUAUCCUUUACUUGAACAAACAACAAUCAUAAUCAAUCAUAACUACGAUAAAUUUAUUUAAUUCCUCAAAAUUUAAACCCAGUUCUUAAAUUCAUAAAAAAAAAAAAUUAAAUUUUGGCAUACAAAAAGCCAAACGUCACACCAAUUUCCUGUUAAAUUUGUUCCAAAAAUAUUCUGAGAAACCCCAGAAAAAUUCUCAUCUUUUUCAAUGUCAAACCAAACAUUCAAAGUAUGUUUUUGCUGCAGAAGAAGAUUCAAGCUCACAGCUUCAGAGGCCCCAAAAGAGAUUAAGGCCUUAUUUGAGAAUUACUCUGAAAAUGGUGUUAUGACUGCUACUAAUCUUCAUCGUUUUCUUCUUGAACAACAAAAGGAAGAUAAAGCUACUAUUGAAAAUGCUCAAGCUUUAAUUGAUAGUGUUAGGUCUGUUGUUGUUUUUCAUAAACAUGGCCUUAAUCUUGAAGGGUUUUUCAAGUACCUCUUUGGGGAUCUUAAUCCUCCUCUUUCUCCUGAACUUGGGGUUCACCAAGAUAUGACUGCUCCACUGUCACAAUAUUUCAUAUAUACUGGUCACAAUUCUUAUCUUACUGGGAAUCAAUUGACUAGUGACUGUAGUGAUGUUCCUAUCAUACAUGCACUGAAAAAGUCUGUGAGAGUGAUCGAGUUGGAUAUAUGGCCCAAUUCUUCUAAAGACAAUGUUGAUGUUCUUCAUGGAGGGACAAUGACUUCACCUGUUGAGCUCAUUAGAUGUUUAAGAUCCAUCAAGGAACAUGCCUUCUCCACAUCUGAUUAUCCUGUCGUGAUAACUCUUGAAGACCACCUUACUACCGAUCUUCAAGCUAAAACUGCUGAGAUGAUCACUCAAACAUUUGGGAACGCGCUGUUUUCACCGGAACAGGAUUCAGAAUGUUUUAAGAAACUUCCUUCCCCUGCUUCACUGAAGAAACGUUUUUUGAUAUCAACAAAGCCGCCAAUAGUGUAUCAUGAAGAUAAAGAUGCAAAGGAAGAUUCGCAGAGGGGCAACAAUUCUGGAGAUGAGGAAGCUUGGGGAAAGGAAGUCCCUAGUCUUAAAUCUCAUAGUAAGAAGAAUCACGAAUUGGAUGAUGGAGAUGAUGAUGAUGAUGAUGACGAAGAAGUUGAUGAUGACAUUAACAAGUCAAAAAAGUUUGAGGCACCAGAAUACACACGCCUCAUUGCUAUUCAUGCUGGAAAACCCAAGGGUGGUCUAAGCGAAGCACUAAAGGUGGAUCCUAAUAAGGUGAGACGUCUUAGCUUGAGUGAACAACAGCUUGAAAAGGCGGCAUCUCGCAAUGGAAAGGAGAUUGUCAGGUUUACGCAGAAUAACAUGCUUAGGAUCUACCCUAAGGGAACUCGAAUUACCUCAUCAAAUUACAACCCUCUCAUUGGAUGGAUGCAUGGAGCUCAGAUGGUUGCAUUUAACAUGCAGGGAUAUGGAAGAUCCCUCUGGCUGAUGCAAGGAAUGUUCAGAGCCAACGGUGGAUGUGGUUAUGUGAAAAAACCAGAUUUUCUUCUGAAUGGUGGUCCUAAUGGCGAGGUCUUUGAUCCUAAAGCUAAACUUGAAGUCAAAAAGACUUUGAAGGUGACUGUGUUCAUGGGAGAAGGAUGGUAUUAUGAUUUCAAGCAUACACAUUUUGAUCAAUUUUCCCCUCCAGAUUUUUAUGUUCGGGUUGGGAUUGCGGGAGUGGCAGCAGAUACUGUGAUGAAGAAAACAAAAACGUUAGAAGAUAACUGGAUACCAGCCUGGAAUGAAGAGUUUGUCUUCCCACUGACUGUUCCUGAACUUGCACUCCUUCGGAUUGAAGUUCAUGAGUAUGACAUGUCUGAGAAAGACGAUUUUGGAGGUCAAACAUGUUUGCCUGUUUGGGAGAUCAGAGAAGGUAUACGGUCAGUCCCACUUUGUAGCCGUGAGGGAAUAAAGUACUCAUCAGUCAAGCUUCUCAUGCGCUUUCAGUUUAUUUGAGUUGCUCAUCUCCUUCGUUUUUUUUCCCGCCUAUGUGUUGUAUUACUUUUCCGUUGUGUGCGAAAAUGCACCAAGUCAUUAGAUCUACGAAUAUAAAGACUUGUGGAAUGCAGUUAAGAGGGAUUUUGGUGAUUGUGGUUUUGCCAUUGUAUAUAUGCUUCAUUUGGAUGUUGAAACUUGUGGUUGUUACCUUCAUUUUUUCAAUUUUAUUUCCUUUUGUUAA